UCCAAAUUAUAUCUGAUUUAUCUCUAUAAAUAGUGCAGAACUGAGAUUGCAGAAUUCACAGAUCUGUUACAGAGAUCAUUCAGAGUGUUCAUCCCAGAGAUUUUGUUACACUUAAACUUUUUUUCCUUCUUUUGAUUCUUUGAUUGCUAUGGAUAUCGAUUUGACCCCGAAAUUGUCGAAGAAGGCGUACGGCAGCGAUGGAGGAGCCUACUUUUCAUGGUCUCCGGCCGAACUUCCGAUGCUGCGCGAAGGAAACAUCGGCGCCUCGAAGCUAGCCCUCGAGAAGAAUGGCUUUGCGCUCCCUCGUUACUCCGAUUCUGCCAAGGUCGCUUACGUUCUUCAAGGCAAUGGUGUUGCCGGAAUUAUCCUGCCGGAAUCGGAGGAGAAGGUGAUUGCGAUAAAGAAGGGAGAUGCGAUCGCGCUGCCAUUCGGCGUGGUCACCUGGUGGUACAACAAAGAAGCCACCGAUCUGGUGGUUCUGUUCCUGGGGGACACGUCCAAGGCGCACAAAUCGGGCGAGUUCACGGACUUCUUCCUCACCGGGGCGAACGGAAUCUUCACCGGCUUCUCGGCGGAGUUCGU